UACCUGUGAAACUAGAUCUGCUUAAAGCUGAUAUGUCGCUAUUCCUGAAGUUUUCAAAGUUAAGCAGGCCGUUUACCUCAAGACGAGUUCACAGUGCUACGAAUCCAGAAGGGAGCUCCAGGAGGGCAUGGGCUUCAAUUAGCAGGCCAUUGCGAUGGUUCUACUGGCUUCCUCUUGGCCUGGGCUUCACACAGUACUUCUAUACCUUGAAAACGGUCAGAGGAAGGAGCAUGCAGCCAACUUUAAAUCCGGAUACCUCAAGUUGGGAUGAUAUCGUUAUCUUCGACAGAUAUUCCAUCAAUUCUAGAGAGCCUAUCCGAAAAGGUGAUAUUGUGGCACUUCGGGAUCCUCUAGAUAGCAGAAAAAUGAUCGUGAAGCGAGUCGUAGCCGUGGCAGGGGAUGUUGUUAAGACCCUGCCUCCAUAUCCUGAUGCAGAGGUUUUUAUUCCCGAAGGCCAUGUUUGGGUGGAGGGUGACGAACCUUUCCGGACUCUGGAUAGCAAUAAAUUUGGCCCAAUCCCUCUUGCUCUUUUAGACUCUAAACUGAUGUAUAUCGUCUGGCCAUUGGAUCGCAUAGGCCCUCUGCGUCCGCCGAUCUCCCCAGUCUCCAAGAGAGGUUCACCCCGAGAUUUUCGAUGGUAUAGCGAUAUGGCAGCCUUCGAACGAGAGCAACGUAGGCAGUCGAGGGUAACUACGCACACAACGACGACGUCUCAGUCGUAACCUAGCUGGCUUUUGUAAGGUGUAAUUGCUGUUCAAGCAAUGGGCCUGUGACGAACCUCGUGUUCUCUAUGAUAUAUGAGUACUCAUCAUAGCGUGCCUCCUGGAGUGGUAACUUUCUGGUCUAUUGUCUUGACUCCGUCAACCUCUAUGGGAAAU